AUUCGAAUUCGGAUUUUGGCGCAACAUAUAACCUCAAGGUCAUCUUCACGAGGAUUCGGUGAGAAAAAUUAAUGUGUCUUGGUUGGUAUGUCCUACGCCUGUAUUCUAAGUUUGUCCAUCAAUAAACAUAUGAAAUCAGUCGUUGAAAUAAUUUUAAAGUACUAAUAAUGCGUGUGAGUAACAGCAUACUAGGUUAAACUAACGAAUUGGUUCUUUGCUUUCAUCCUGAAUAAUAAAUGUUAUCAUCUAUAAUUUAUAUGCCACGAAAGACUUUCAAAACCGUUUUUUAUUAUAGUAACAAUUCGUAUGAAUUGUUACUUAUGCGAGACAGACUAUAGUCUAUCUCUUUAUUAACAUAAGGAGUCCGGACGUGGUGUGUAUCGGAAGUUUUUUGGUCAUAGUUGAUUCACAAUAUUCAUAAUGUCCUUAAUUUUCAACUGAAAUUAACUUGUCAUACUAUUGUAGCCCAAAAAAGAAGAUGUAUAUUCUAGCUACAAAAAUUCGAAUAAUAUUUUUUGUGUUGAGUGUAUGAGUAGUCAAACCGAGAGGCAAUUAAUGUGUUUUUGUUGAAAAAAACUUCGCUGUCUAAUAUUUCCGCUAGUUUUUCACACGUAAAAUCUGAUUUUUCGUACGUACAGAUAUGACCUCAUACGCGCCGUUUGUCAUCAUACUAUUAGAAAUAUGAUAACCGGGCAUCUUUUUCACAAUAAAGUCAAUGUGUAUGUCAAACGCUUAUUCAGGUUUAUCUUCUAUCUCAUAAAUUAGUGUGUGGGUAUAGCGUUGCUAGGUGACGUAACUGUAGCGUAAUUCCUAACUUAGUCAUUCUCUGCAGUAAAACACUUUAAUAUUCCGGUUUCUCAUUUAGUUAAAAUUCUGUGUAGUAUAUAUCAACUAUCCAAACAUCCUGGCAAGUCGCAUUAUGACGAUAGAAGAUCCGGACCUGGAAGCUGGAAAGAAUAUCGAUGUAGAUGAACUGCUAGCAUCAUUUAAAAUAGACCUGCCUAUUGAGCUUUCUGAUCCUGAAAAAGCUCUACGGAAAGAAAUGAUGUCUCUUAGACUAAUGAGAAGAACUCUGAAUGAUAUUGACAAUGAAGUUAAAAAAUGCGAAAGGAAAGAAGAAAAAUCGAAAGCAUUGAAACCGAGGGAGAAAGCUAAAGAGGAGGCAAUGAAAUUAUUGAAAUCAGGAGCAAUAUCGAUUGAAAACAAAAAUGAACGUCAUACAUUUAAGCGUAAACCUAAAGAAAGUGAAGAAGACGAAGUACCUGGAAUUAGUGUAAAUGCAAUAAAAGCGAAACAAUCACUCUACCGAAAUUUCCUUCCUGGUCCAACGCUUAAUCCAGUGCAGUUGGAGGAAAAUAAGCCAUCUGACUUAGCUGAAUCUAAAACUGAAAUUUCAGAAACAGAUUGUACACCAACUUCUGAACCUUCAAUAACUAGAAGAAAACAACAGUUUUACCCUGUACCAGAUGAUAAAACUUCAGAAACUGAUCAGGUGUCGGAUAUUUCAGGUUCAUCUUCAGGCGAUCAUUUACGUUCUCCAAAUAGACCAAUGCAUUCUACCUUAUAUGUGGGAUAUCAUAAUAUCACUGAGCCUUUUAUUCAUGAUGUCUUCAAGGCGUAUGGUACUGUCGUAAGGGUAAAGAUAGGAGAUCCUCCCAAUCAUGCAUAUGUUACAAUGGCUACAAAUCAAAUGGCAGAAAGUGCAUUAAAGUUGGAUCAUCAAAUGGUAAGCAAUCGUCUUCUACGUGUUUCAUAUGCUCGGAGACCAUUUCAUCAUUCAAAGCCAUUUUCACCUACAAAGUAUCAUUUAGGUCGGUCAUUUCGAAAAGCUUCUUUCAACGAUUCCUUUUCUCUGACAGAAGGAUCUUCAAACUGUACGCCUGGUGGUAAUAGCAGUGAAUCCAGUCGAGAUCUAGUCACCUAUGAAGACUUGUAUUCUAAUAAAGAAUAAUAAUAUGUUGUAUAUAUACUAACUUUAAAUAUAUAUUUUUUAUAAUUUCAA